AUGAGCAAUGUGGAUUGUGGCAAUCCAACCUUCGAGUGUGUGCAGUCAGUUUGCGUGCCCGUAAUCAAACUACCAGGACCAAAGUCACUAAUGAUCUGUCGAGAUGGCGUUUGUCCUCUUCCAUUUGUAUGUAUUAACAAUUUCUGUGUGAGCAUCACAACACAACCACAGCCAGGUAAUAUCCCAUUGACACCACAGCCAUAUAAUAUUCCAAUGGCAUGCCACGAAGGAACAUGUCCGAAACCGUUCAAAUGCAUCAACAACCUCUGUUUGAUCGGCGUGGGAUGCAUGAACAAUAUGGAUUGUGGCAACCCAAUCUUCGAGUGCGUGCAGUCAAUUUGCAUCCCCAUAAUUAGACUAUCGGGCUCAAUUCCUCUACUCUUUUGCCAAAAUGGGGAGUGCCCUCUUCCGUAUUCAUGUCUUAAGAACUAUUGCGUAGCUGUUUUAUCUAAUCCGCAAUGCACCACCAAUACACAUUGUAAUGACCCAGAUUAUAUAUGUGUUCAUUCAACUUGUAUUCAUAGAAGUCACUUGAUACACGUACCUGCGAUAUGCACAAAUUAUACGUAUUGCACUGACUCGUCGUGCGCAGACUUCCAGAUGUGUGUGAAUGAAAGUUGCCCACAGAACUUUGACUGCUACAGCAACUUAUGUCUGCCAUCUAAUCAAUACUGCGAAAUUGAGGAGGACUGCCCGUAUGCACAUCUGCAAUGCAUAAGCUCAAAGUGCACAUAUAUCCCCAAACCUAAGACAAUAGGAGAAUUUUGUGAGUUAGAUAAGCAAUGUUCUGGUUUCCCACAACGUGUUUGUAUCAAUGGGCUGUGCAAAACAGUUGGGCAAAUUUGCAAAAGGGAUAUGGACUGCCCUGAAGGGCUUCGAUGUUUUGUUGGAAGAUGUGAUAAACAAGAAUGUUAUAAGGGGUCACAAUGCCCUUCAAGGCCUGAUGUCGGUUGCGUUGCUGGACAAUGUAGGUAUCUUCAGUUAUGCAACUGCAGGGGAAAGUGCGCUCCCAAUCUCGCAUGCCUGAGAGGGUACUGCCAAGACAUGCAGUACGUUGAGGAGGUAAGCGACAUGAACCGCGACUUCAGAAAUUGGAAUUCUACACUAACCUCGCGGCAAAUUCCUGUUUUAAGUUGA